AUGGCGCCACUCUUCCCGCGACCCACGUCCACGUCCACCUUUCCCUCGAACUCCUACACAACCUCCCCGAUGACAAGCCCCAUCUCCUCACGACGAGCAAGCCCAAGACAAUCCCGCUGUACCCAUGACUGCAAGGUCUUCUACAUGGCGAUGUCUACAGCAAUGGAGAGGUCGACCGCCGCUUUCCCAACGUUUGGAUCCUACAACUCGCAUCCGAACUCGCACUCUUCGGAUGUGCCAAGCACGUUGAGUCGUUCGAGCAGUUAUGAAGAUGAGGUGGAGUUUGAGAACUUUGAUGAGUUGGCGAAGGAGGGGAUUAGGGUGAAGAAGGUCGGGGCACCGAGUCCUCCCGCACCUAGGCGUGCUUAA